UUUCUCCUCGUGAGACCCGAAAACCGCGUAAACUAAGAAAAAGACAUGCGUCGAUCGGCGAGCGCCUCCAUAGUUUCCGACCAACUAUCAGCGAAAGCUCCGUCGCCAUCACCGUCUCCGCCGCGAAUCCAAAGCGACACAGACUCGGAGGAUGUACAGCUUCUUCUGCCUAGGUACGACCCAAACUCUUACCCAGGGAAGAAGGACAAGACGCGACUCAGAUCCGCGGAAAACGCUAUCCAUUUCAUCCCUCUCAUUCUCAUCAUCUGCGCCCUAAUACUUUGGUUGGUUUCGAAUCCAGUAGUAGCAAUGAUCAAACGGUAAACAUGGUGGUAGAGAGAGUGUUUGAUAACUUAAUGGGCAAGCCUUCAACGAUUUUGCAUUUGUAUUAUUUCUUUUUUCUUAAGAUAUUUUUGUUAGUGCCUUUCUUCUGAGGUUGUUCAUACAGACAGAGAUCAAUGCCUCAACAGAAAGACACUAACAAAAAUAUCUCUCUGACGUAUGCUUUUUGUUAGUGUCUUUCUUUUGAAGUUACAUUUUUAUUGUUCUACUUUUACAUAAUCUCACUAUACAGAAAUUUAAAUGCCUAAGAAACUCAGUUCUUUUUAAAAGCAUUCCAUGUAUUUAGUAUAAAGACUUAACCAUAGGCCCGUACUAGAGACUGUAUCGGUCACAUUUGAGAUAUAUUCGUUGUGUAACAAACACUCAAGUGGUAGUAAUACAAAGUUUAUAUAUCAUUAUUACUCUCAGACCUCCCAAACAAAAAAAAAAGGGUAAUCUCAAUAUGGUAUCAACAACUAAAAAACCUUUUGAGACAUAUUGAGACUCUUUUCGAUCUAGAAAUCUAAUGUUAGGAUGAUGAAGCAGCAACAUAUUUGCCCACAUACC